AUGAGUUCAACAGGGAGGAGAAGAGGAAGGCCCAACAGAGGAGGAGGAAGAGGAAGAGGGAGAGGAGGCAGUGGAAGAGGAGGAGGCAGCAGCAGUGGCCAUUCAAACAAGUCUCAGCUUGGUGGAAAUAGGAAAUGUUCAACCAAAAUUUGGGAUGAUGGAGAUGAUUUUUGUCUCUUUGAGGAACCAAGGCUGGAAUCCAGAUCAAGUGCCCCUGCCAGAAGAGGAGGGCAAAUGAAACAGAGACCUGAAGCAAGAAUGCCUCUGCAGACCAUACACAUGACAUCGGAGAAUCAGAGAAGAGUGAAAGAACUUCUUCAGGAGCUUCAAGGGCAGGAGCUGACUCCUGAAUCAGAAGUAGCUGGUUCUGGUGAAGACGAUGACGAACCCGAUUACCUUGAUGAUGAACAGUGCUGGUCAGCAGAUCAGGAGGUUUCUGACGUAAAACCAAGGCUGUCUGCUGAGCCAGCUGAGCACAGAGUUGUGGAAAGUGAAGUGUCUUCGUUUGCUGUGCACAAACUCUCCAGGUAUGGGUUUGACAGUGAGCAUUGUAGGACAGUACUGAGAUCCUGCAAUGGAAAUAUUGGGGCGUCAUUGGAGUAUUUGAUAUUGCAGUGCUUUACCGAAAGAUAUGGAGAGCAGAUGGAGGUUUCUGCAACAGCUGCUGAAGCCAGCCAAGUAGAGUGUUUAGAACAGAGACAAGAAGAGGCUUUUGUCCUCCGGUCAAUCUAUGGAGAAAAGUUUGUAGAAAGAAUUCAAAACCGAGUUUGGACUUUUAGUUUGGAAUUGGAGUACCUGGCAAAGAGACAUGACAAAUCUAAACAAAAGGGUGCUGGGGAUGCAGCAAAGCAAACUUCAAAGGAAAUAUGUAAAUUUUAUCUCCAAGGAGGCUGCAGGUUUGGUUCAAAAUGCAGAUUUGGACAUGAAUUCCCUCCAAACCACCCACUAAAACCAGCCAGGAACUGUGUAGAUGAUGCUCAUCUCAGGUCAAACGAUGGUCCCAUAUAUGAACUUGAAGUAAGGUUUCCUGAAGAAAACAAGUAUCCACUCCAAGCACCUCUUGUGGCAUUUUAUUCCACCAACGAGAAUCUACCUCUUGCUUGUCGUUUGCAUAUUGCUGAAUUCCUCUUCGGAAAGGCCUUGAUAGCUGCAAAGGCUAAUGAGCCAGUGGUGUACACCUUAGUGACUUGCUUAGAAGAUGAAUCCGAAAUAAGCGAGUUACUUAAAAAUACUCACCACAAGUAUAGCGUUCCUCCUGUGCCCCUGCUGACGACACCUUUGGUAAAGCUGCAGACAGAGAGUCCAUCUGGUUCAAAUCAAACGUCUGAAGCCUCAGCAGUGUCAGAGCCUCGGGAAGAGGAGGUGACACAAGAGGAGGAGGAGGAUGAGCCUGAACAAGUUGUUGUGGAAGAUGACAGUUACGUGAACCUCAAGAAAAAACUUUCCAGAAAGUAUGAUGUGCAGGCAAAGUCUCUGUAUAACGACAAUGUUAAAAUUUGCACACAGUUUCGUCUGAAAAAGUCUUCUAGGCACUUCCAGUCCAUGUUGUGUGAAAGACAGAAACUCCCUGCAUGGCAAGAGAGGGAAAACAUUCUUGAUUUGCUGAGGAACCACCAAGUUCUUGUUGUGAGUGGCAUGACAGGAUGUGGCAAAACCACUCAGAUUCCUCAGUUUAUUUUGGACGCUUCAUUGCAAGGAUCUCCAAGCAAAGUUGCAAACAUCAUCUGCACUCAGCCGCGUAGGAUCUCUGCCAUUUCUGUGGCUGAACGUGUAGCCAAAGAAAGAACAGAAAGGAUUGGACUCACUGUUGGCUAUCAGAUCCGUCUAGAGAGUGUAAAGUCCUCAGCUACCAGACUCUUGUACUGCACUACUGGUGUGCUGUUGAGAAGGCUGGAAGGAGAUCUGACUUUGCAGGGAAUCACACACGUCAUUGUUGAUGAAGUUCAUGAAAGAACAGAAGAAAGUGACUUCUUGCUGCUGGUUUUGAAGGAUGUAAUGGUUCAGAGGCCAGACCUGCGCGUUAUACUAAUGAGUGCCACCUUGAAUGCAGAGCUUUUUUCUCAAUACUUUCAAUCCUGUCCAAUUAUUAACGUACCAGGCCGAACAUUUCCUGUGGAUCAGUUUUUUCUGGAAGAUGUGAUAGCAAUGACAAGGUAUGUUUUAGAGGACAGUAGUCCUUACAGGCGCAAGACAAAGCAAGAAAACAAGCAGAAUGGAAGGCACAAAAGAACUGCAUUUGAAGAAGUGGAGGAGGACCUGAGACGUGCUGGCAUUCUGGAAGGCACUGAUGCAGUUGUCAGAGAUUCAGACCCAGACCAAAAAUUAACCCUGAAGCAGCUCCUUACACGAUAUAAAGGGGUUAACAAGGCAGUGUUGAAAACAAUGUCUGUCAUGGACUUGGACAAAGUUAAUCUGGAAUUAAUUGAAGCCUUACUGGAGUGGAUAGUCUCUGGCAGACAUUCAUACCCUCCAGGUGCUGUGUUGAUAUUUUUGCCUGGUCUAGCAGAAAUCAAGAUGCUUUAUGAGCAGCUCCAGUCUAAUGCUCUUUUUAAUAACAGGCACAGCAAGAGGUGCGUUGUUUAUCCGCUUCAUUCUUCGCUGUCCAGUGAAGAACAGCAGUCUGUGUUUCUCAGACCUUCUGCAGGAGUCAUCAAAAUCAUCAUCUCUACAAACAUUGCAGAAACGUCUGUCACUAUUGAUGAUGUGGUCUAUGUGAUUGAUUCUGGAAAAAUGAAAGAGAAAAGAUACGACCCAAGCAAAGGAAUGGAAAGUCUGGAAGACACAUUUGUGUCCAGGGCAAAUGCCCUGCAGAGGAAAGGACGAGCAGGCCGGGUAGCUUCAGGAGUCUGCUUUCAUCUUUUCAGUAGCCAUCACUAUAGCCAUCAGCUUAUAAAAGAGCAGUUACCUGAAAUACAAAGAGUGCCCUUGGAGCAGCUUUGUCUAAGAAUUAAGAUUCUGGAGAUGUUUUCUGCACAGAGUCUUCACUCUGUCUUAUCACGACUAAUUGAGCCCCCUAGAACUGAGUCAUUGCGGGCAUCAAAGCUGCGACUGCAAGACUUGGGAGCAUUAACUCCGGAUGAAAAGCUCACCCCUCUGGGAUAUCACUUGGCCUCUCUGCCUGUUGAUGUCAGGAUUGGGAAGCUGAUGCUGUUUGGCACCAUCUUCCGCUGCCUGGAUCCUGCGCUAACUAUAGCAGCCAGUCUGGCCUUUAAGUCGCCUUUUGUGUCACCAUGGGACAAAAGGGAAGAGGCAAACAAAAAGAAGCUGGAGUUUGCAGUAGGAAACAGCGACUACCUGGCUCUUCUCCAGGCCUAUAAGGGAUGGUGUUUAAGUAUCAAAGAGGGCUCUCAGGCAAGCUACAACUACUGCAGGGAGAACUUUUUGUCAGGAAGAGUUCUUCAGGAAAUUGCCAGUCUGAAGCGGCAGUUCACAGAGCUGCUUUCUGACAUUGGGUUUGUGAAGGAGGGAUUAAGAGCCAGAGACAUUGAGAAGAGGUGGUCCCAAGGAGGCGAUGGCGUGUUGGAUGCCACAGGAGAAGAGGCCAAUUCGAACGCAGAGAACAUCAAGCUGAUCUCCGCUAUGUUGUGUGCUGCACUGUAUCCCAACGUUGUCCAGGUGAAAAAGCCAGAGGGCAAAUACCAGAAGACCAGUGCAGGAACAGUCAAAAUGCAACCAAAAGCAGAAGAGCUGAAGUUUGUUACUAAAACCGAUGGUUAUGUUCACAUUCACCCUUCAUCUGUGAAUUAUCAGACAAGGCACUUUGAGAGCCCCUACCUGGUCUAUCAUGAGAAGAUCAAGACCAGCCGUGUGUUCAUUCGGGACUGCAGCAUGGUGUCGGUGUACCCGCUGGUCCUGCUUGGAGGCGGGCAGGUUCACAUACAGCUGCAGAAGGGGGAAUUUGUCAUUUCUCUUGAUGACGGAUGGAUACGGUUCGUGGCCGCCUCUCACCAGGUGGCUGAGCUGGUGAAAGAGCUGCGCUGCGAACUCGACCAGCUGCUGCAGGAUAAAAUCAAGAACCCCAGCAUGGAUCUGUGCAUGUGCCCCCGUGGCUCUCGGAUCAUUGGUAUGAUUGUAAAGCUUGUAACCACACAGUGA